UAUAUAAAUCUCGUCGCUGGGUAAUUUUAUCGACAAUUUUUAUAUUUUUUCAUCCGGUUGUGUGUUGUGGAAAAUCACAGUAAGAUUACUACGAGUAGAAGUGUGAAAAUAAUUAUGAAAUUGGUUUAUUUUACGUUUUUGGUGGUGUUGGCUUUGGCGACGAGAACAGCUGGGGCGAGUGUUGUUAAAGAUGCAAAAGGGCAACAUGAUGAAACCGGAUUACAUCAUUCUGAAGUGAAGAAACAUGUGACAAAUGCGACGACAACGACGAAUGAAAAUGCAGAAACGAUUAGGAAAUCCUUAUCCCAGAAGUUACUCGAAUCGCAAGAAGAUCUGAGAGAAUAUGUUUCCAGUCAAAUGGAUCACGUUUACGAGAUUUUGAAGAAAUUAGCCAAUUCGACCGAUUCUCACAAGGUUUUAGCCAUGGAUCUCGACGAACUUCCUUUCAUUUCCGAUUCUUUUUACAUUGGCAAAUUUAAUAAAUCGUAUAAAUUGGCCGAUAUGCAGUAUACGAAUGUCAAAGUGUAUGGAAUGUCUGGGUUUAAGAAUUACGCGCUGUCGGUUGAUAAAAAUCAUAAAAAAGCUAAUGUGACUUUGGUGGCACCUCAACUGAUCAUCGAAGGUAACUACUCGUUGUCCAAUUUCCUCAGACACGCUACCGGAUCGUUCACGGUGAAACUUUUGGACAACGUUACCUACACUGAGAACGAUCUGUAUUGCAAAUUCAAAAACGAGAUCGAUAUCGCCUCCAGCGAAGCUACCAUAACUUUCGGUAAAUCGGAAUACGAUUAUCGUAACAUGGGUGUUAUAUCGAUCUUCUUGGAAGGAAUUAUAUCGAAUAAAUUGGUCGAAGAAAUACUGUAUCGUGUAGGCAAAGAGUUGGGGCACAGAAUCAGACACGUGGUUAUUUCUAAAGUGAAGGAAAUCACCUCUCAGAAGGAUGUUUCUUCAUUGGGCGAAUACAAUCGUGUCUCGUCUAUUAUGUCGAGUUCUUUGUCACAAAUUCGGACUUGGCUGAAUAAAACCGUCAGUGUGAAGGCACCUUUGCCUGGGAUUUAUCAUAAAAUGAAGGUGCACAAUAAUACGAUCAUCGUUUCAAACGUCACGUUGACUGGUUUAAAUACGACUCAUUUGAAAGAUCAGAUCAGAGCUUACAGAGAUCAAAACGAUUUCUACAUCAAUAUGGAAGGUCAAGCUGGUCCGCUGACUAUUGGAGGAAGAAUAUUCAUGACCGAGGUUCGCAACGGUACCUUAGAACAAAUACCUUUAAACGCAGAUUACAAAAUAACUCAAGUUCGAGUCCGGAUCGUGGUAUCUUGCUCAUUACUCGAUGACCAAGAUUCUUUGCAAGUUGAAGAUCUGGAUGUGAGCGUAGCCCAACCGAGUCUCAAAAUGCAGCCGGGUAAAAUAAACUUCAAAGAAGACGACCUCAAGCAACUGGCUGAUUUUUUGAGACCAGAUAUCGAAGCUGAGCUUUACAAAUGGUUGAAAGAUUUCGUCAACGAUACGUUCAAACGUAGGAAAACCACUACUCUGGCUCCUGUGGACGUUAUGACCCAUUCCAAGAACCAGAGUCUAUUUUCCCAAGACAACUCUGGAAAUUUCUAUUCGUAAUAUUCGCAAUUUAAUCCUUUUCAUGUUGUUGUAUCGGUACAUAGUAGAAAAUAAAAUUAGUGAAUCUGCAAAUUUA